ACAAAGGAGGAGAAAGUGGGCGAACACCGAGGAAGCGGUCACCUGAGGCGGGAUCCGGCGCGCCGCUGCAUCGCCACAUAGCAACUUACAUAAGAAUAAAACAGGAGGCGCGAUGGGCAGAGCGCAGGCUUCGGUUGCGAGGCAGCAGCCCGGGCUCUGAGCCAUUACACCGAGUCAUUAAUGCAGACGCAGGCGGAGGGGAGUGGCCCGGGCCGUCACACGCGCUCGGAGACGCGCAGCCGGCGCGCAUGUAGUAGCGGAGAGAGAGGGAGGGAGGAAGAGAGGGGGGGAGACACAGAGAGAAAGGGAGGAGGUGGUGGAGAGCCGGAGGAAAGGUUGUGCGCCCUCAGUUCGCAGGAGGGAGUUCAGUGUGACAGCAUGACUCUCUCCAGUGCCCCGCCUCUUCGGAGAGGAAGCACGCCUCUGCCAAUCAAACACCAGCUGAGAAGAGAGGAAGCAGUCACUGAUGAUUGUGAUUGGACGCCGGGGCUGGAGGGUGCUUCCUCUCCUCCAGUGGGCUUCGGCUCUGGCCAGGAGGAGUGGGUGUCCCUGGGGCGGGACAGGGGGCAGGGGGGGCCUCUGCGUAUUGUGCUGCUGGGGCAGAACGGGGUGGGGAAGUCAUCGCUGGCCAUGGCCCUGGCGGGAGAGAUGGACCGAUCCGCCUCGGUGGACUCUGACCACUUCGGAGAGGGUUACCUUCGCACUGUUACAGUGGAUGAUGAAGAAAGCUCCAUCAUCAUCUAUGACAACUGGAAGCAGGAUCUGUCAACGUUGCAGUGUGAGGUGUGUGUGCUGGUGUUCUCGGUGACGGACAGGCGGAGUUUCCACCGAACAGCUCAGCUCCGCCUCCUUCUGCGGGAGACCCAGCCUCACACUCCCAUCAUCCUCGUGGGCAAUAAGAGUGACCUCGUCAGGUCACGGGAGGUCACCGCAGAAGAGGCUCACUCUUGUGCCAUCCUGUUUGACUGCCAGUACCUGGAGCUGUCAGCCUCGCUGGACCACCGCACCUCAGAGCUGCUGGAGGGGGCGGUGCGAGCCGCCAGGGGCCUCCCGCUGGAGCCCGGGGGAGCGGAGGAGGCCCCCCACAGGGGCCGCAGAGAGAGCCUGACCUCCAGGGCCAAACGCUUCCUCUCCAGCCUGGUCCCACGCUACCCCAGGGAGAGGGAGAGGGACGGGGUGAGGGGGGGCAGGGUCUUCAGACAGAAGUCACGUUCUUGCCACGACCUCAGUGCUCUGUAGCAGGUGAGAGAGGAAGGGAGGGAGAGGAGGAGAGGAGAG